CUCACUGCCCAGUAUUAUGCCAAAUUCACCUAGUCUAGCGACUGUUAAAACAUUCGUGAGAGUGCUAACUGCAUAGGUCGAGCCAGUACAAUGCCUCUCCCCAACGGCUUCACGGCCAUCAAGGACGCUGUUGAGGAUCAGAAAAUAGUCAAUCUGAUCGGGGUGAUCAUCAGCAAUACAGAGCCCCGGAGAUCUAAAGGAACAGACUGGGUCCUGGAUUUUGAGCUUCAGGAUGAGUUCGACAAUGGCCUAGUGGGCAGUUCUUCCACCAUCAAUUGCCGCCUGUUUUGGGCUACCCGCGAUAAGCUUCCUAAAAUCUCUGGCCCGGGUGACAUUGCUAUCAUACGCAACUUCAAGAUGACCGUCUGGAAAAUGCGCACUGACUGUGUUGGCGGUGUCCACACAGGCUCAGGAGUCUUGGUGUUUCCUGCGAACAAGAUACCCAUCCCACAGCUCAGUCAAGCCUUUCAGCUCGGCAAUCAACAUCUUCCUUGCAAUGCCCUGUACAGAACGAGAGAUGCUACAACCCAAGAGCAGAUGGCUGUCAUACACCUCAAGCAUGCGUCAUCUGGCUCGGUGCAGCAAGUGCAACAGUAUGCUAAGACAACUUUGUUCAAAGGUCCGGCACCAGACAAGCUGUCCUUAAUCAAGGAUCUUGACUUUUCUCGAUUUUAUGAUGUCCGAGCGCAAGUCGUGAAUACCUAUUACACUUUCAACGGCACGGUCGAGCUCAAGGUCACCGACUAUACCUCCAACGAGAACCUGUUCCUCUAUGUGGAUCCAGAAGAAGAGGAUCACUUGAUGUUCGGGGCCAAGAACUGGAAUGGACCGUACGGCCAACUUACUCUCAAUGUUAUCCUUUACGAGAGCAAUGCUGCUUGGGCGCGUGAGAACAUCGCCGUCGGUGAUUUCAUCUACCUCAGAAAUAUGCGGACGAAGAUUUCACCUCUCAACAAGCUCGAGGGCGCAAUCCACCAGGACAGAGACCGACCGAAUCAGGUCGACAUCCGCAAAUUGAUUAAGCAAUCAGACAUCAAUGAGAUCAAUAGCAGAAGAGAAGCUUAUGAGAAGCAAAGGGGUACCACUUCGGCCCUGCAGAAUGUACGGAAUAUACCGAAGGAGCCAAUCGCACACCCUCCUACGUCGAAGAAGGCACAAAAGAGGCAGAAGCAGCGGUUGCAGCGGGAGCAGAAAGAAGCGGAACUAAAAGAACUAGAGGAGAAAGCGGAAGAAUGGGAAGCAGCGCGCAGUGGCGUCAACACCAACAUACGUGCUGCCUUUCCAGAGAUGAAACUCUCCACCAUCUCGGAAGUAAUCUACACUCCUCAUCUUCGGGUACAAACCAAGAAUUACAAUGACUAUACACUCCCGUUCGUCAACGCCAAACACCGAUCUCGCGUCAGAGUCGUCGAUAUUUUCCCUCCAGAGCUUGAACUCUUCGCACACCCGUCAAGCGACGCGAAAUGGAACAAAAGGUCGAAGAAGCAAGAUAAGAGCAACGGCCGCGCCAAAGAUCGUUGGGAGUGGGGCUUCGUUCUCCUUCUCGAAGACGCCAAUGUACCCCCUGAUACAGUUUCCGAGAAGCUGCGCGUUGUUGUAGGCAACGAUGUCGGCCAGGGUCUCCUAGAUCAGAAUGCACUUGAUCUCAAAAGCAAUCCAAGAAUACUCGAACGGCUUAAAGAGAGACUCUUCAUCCUCUGGGGUAACCUGCUCGAGUUAAAGACCGAAAUGAGAGAUCGAGGUUCUGAUCUUCCACUUCCGCCUGGCGACAAUCGAUUGCAGAACAAGGCCUUUGAUUGCUGCAUCGAGGAGUACGGCCAUGAAGUACCAAUCACGGACGCACAUCCCGACGGCUACCAGCGCAUGCAUAGGCUCGCGCAGACGUUCAUCUCGGUCUAAGAAACUGCCGGCGAUCGUGGUUAGUGAUUCGCGGCUGUAAGUGGACUGGGUGCAUCAGACAUGCAUCAGUCAUUGAAAUCUACUACAGCACCAAAGUCUACUAGUAAGCUUAGGUAUAUAAUACCCCACAGUUACCCCAUAGUUGAGGGUGAAAAUUCUUAUUGAGCCAUCUCACCUGUAUAAUGGACUAUUUUUAGCGACAUAUGCAAGGCACCCGUCUAGCGUAACGUUCGGAACAAACUACCUUUCAC